CGCCGCUCCCGAGCAUCCAGAGCGAGCUCGGGGAUCCAUAAAAGGCUCCGGGAUGGAUCGGGAACGCCGGGAAUUCGCACGCACAGCCCCGAGGAGGAGCCCAGCUGGGGGAAACCCUCCCCGCCCUGAGUGUCCUACAUCUUCCAGAGGGAAAACGCCAGCUCCUCUGCAUUUACACGGAUUUUUUUUCCCCCCUCUCCUUUCCCUCUCUUCCCACGCAGCGAAUUCCCAACCCCGGCUGCUCCCGGCGCCGCUCGCAGCCCGGCGGGGAGUGGGAGGAGGAAGAGGAUGCUCGGAGGAUUUGGGAAAAUCCGGAGCAUUUCCAGCCAUGCUCCAGCUGGCGCGGCGGCUCCGGAGCUGCUCGGUCUCUGCCUGAGCUGCUGAGGCGGCUCUGGAGCCGCAGGAUUGAUGGAGAGGCACUGAGAGCAUUUCCCCUUCCCACCAUCCACCAUGGAGCUGCCCAGCACCAAAGACUUCCACUGGAAACGCCUGGCUCCGCUGCCGAGCCGCCGGGUGUACUCCACGCUGGUGGAGGCGGGCGGGCAGGUCUUCGCCGUGGGCGGCUGCGACGACAACGGCGUCCCCGUGGAUUCCUUCGAGGUUUAUUCCCCCGAGGCCGACCGGUGGGCGCCGCUGCCCGCCAUGCCCACGGCCAGGGCCGGCGUGGCCGUCACCGUGCUGGGCAAGAGGAUCAUGGUGAUCGGCGGCGUGGGCGCCGACCAGCUGCCGCUGAAGGUGGUGGAGAUGUACAACACGGAUGAAGGGCGCUGGAGGAAGCGCAGCUCGCUGCGGGAGGCGGCCAUGGGCAUCUCGGUGACGGCCAAAGGCAAGGAGAGACCUCCAAAGGGUUCUGGGAUUUGGGGAAUCUUCUUGGAGAGCUUGGAG